GAGUGCGUCUGCUGCUGCUGCGCACGCAUGGCGGUGUGAGUGUGAUAUGGCGGUAUUGCGUUUCGGUGUUAUGCUUUUUCUUUCGCGGGAAGUACUUUGAGUGUUGAGAGAAAAUGACGAAUUCAGUGCCCGACAGAUGGCUGGAAUACAAGGCAUAUGGUGAUGUAAUUAAGGGCACUCGAAUCUUGGCAUUUAAAGCGCCACUGAAAGAAUCUAUAUCGAAGAAUUUGAAGCCAGACCAGCAAUUUACAACAGCAAUAUUGCUACAAGAGUUUCCUCAACUCAAGUAUAUCGUCGACCUAACGAACACUUAUCGCUACUAUGACAAGAAGGAAUUCACAGAUGUUGGUGUUAAAUAUGAGAAGAUCGCAUUACCAGGGAGGACAAUACCGCCCAUGGAUAUAAUUAUGAAAUUCUUUAAAGUGAUGGAUGAUUUUACAGCAACAUGCGGUGAAGGUGAGCUUAUAGGUGUGCACUGCACACACGGUGUAAAUCGUACUGGUUAUUUAAUUUGUAGGUAUCUUAUUCAGCAACUAGGUUGGGAAUUCCGAGAAUCCGUAAAAGCUUUUGGAGAAGCACGUGGUUAUCCCGUCGAACGUAACAUUUAUCUCGACGCUCUCAAGGAGAUUCAACCUGGGGAUAGAAUCGAAACAAGCAAAAUUAAUUUGUCGCAAAUUUCUACCCCAGCUACCGGAAGGAAGAGAAUAAGAUUGAGGAAGACUCGUGUAGUGUAUCCGUCGGGAUCGACAUUGUCCGCGAUGCGCAGAAAUUUCGCGAACGGCAGACCGUUUCCGUCACAGAGAUUCGGUCCACCGCCGGCAUUCGGUCCGAUACCGCCUCCUCCUCCGCAUGGGAUGUUGGAUUGGCCGCUGCCACCACCGCCGAUGGGCCCGCCGCCGCCGCCGCCGCCCUACGGGCCCAGACCGUUUAGAUACGGUCCGCCACCGGCGCGUCCGCCGCUGACGCCUCCUCACGGACCAGGUUUUCCGCAUCCUGGUUUUCCUCCUCGUUUGCCAGGCCCGCCAAGAAUGACCGGUCCGCCGAUAUUACCGGCCGGUCCGGUCGCGCGCUUACCGCCGCCGAAGAUACCGCCGCCGUUCGAUCUACCUCUGCCACCUCCGCCCUCGUCAUCCAGAACAUCCAAGCUACAAAAGAAAAAGCAGCAAGUCAGAAACGGUAUUGCGGAGCGAUCGGUCAAUAUUCGCAUGAGACGAAACGGACCAGUCAGCGUAACGCCUAAGAAGGAGCAAGAUUUUACCGCGGACACGUUCGAGGAGAAUCUCACAACUACGACGUCGCGAAAGCAUACAAAAAGAUCCUUCAAUCAGUCCAAGUGACGAUGUAACCGCUAGAAGUGCUUAAAAAAAAAAACUGUCUAUGGGAAUUUUUGUGCAAAUUGUCUUGAAACAACAAAGUGUGCAACAAAUUUCCGUUCUUAUGACGAACAAUAUGACAACGGCACACUUUGCCUGAUGACGAUAACGGGACUCGGUAAUGAACUCGGUCAGGUUUUUGGUCAAAAAGACAAAGUUCGAAACAAUAUCGAAUUGUAUAACAUAUGAAUUUUCACAUGUGUUACAUUUACAUACAUGGGUAUAUUAUAUGUCUACAUAUAAUCAGUAAUACACAUCUUCAAAGGAUAGUUUUUAUUUUACUUAAUAUUUUUUGACGAUGAGUAAUUGAUGAGCAUAAACUUGUAUCUUGCUGGAAUUUUCAUAAUGUGUCUAAUGUUUUUUUUGUUCAUUAAUAUAUACAAUUUUAUAUCAUAUAAAAUACAACAUAUUUUUUUAUUUUACUGAGAGAUUCAAGUUUGACUGUACAUGUAAACAUGGUUUAUUUACAUGGUUAAAUACACGUCUUAAUGUACAGGAAGUUAAAUAAUAUUUGAGACACCGCUUGUGAAAUUGCGACAAGAAUCUUCCGCAAGAUUUUAUAAUCAAGUUUUGUUUGUUUUAGUGUAAAAAUUCAACAUUGUACUCUAGUAGCAAAAAUACCCAUGACGCAUCUUUAUCUUUUAUCAUCUAUAAGUUAAGCACAAGCGUAACCGCUUCUUAUAUCUUUAAAUUCUAUUAUUAUAUUAAGAAAAUUUUGUUUCAUAUUUUUGACUCGAUAUAUUUUUAUUGUUUUAUAAACUUUCAAAUUUGCUGAAAUAUACUAAAAAUGAUUGGAUCAAAACGCAUCCUCUCGUAAUAGAGAGAUAAGAAGAUAAUAAUUUUAUGUACGACUUUAAAAUAAAAUGUGUGCAUUUAAGUGUAAACGACACGUACUACAAUGAUU